UCCAGACGUGUGUGUGUGUGUGUGUUGUUCGUUCAAGAUUUUUGACUGUUAUUAUGAUGACUGAGCCAAACGAGACACCGUUAAGUAGUUCUGCUACACUCAAGGACGAGUUAGUUAGUUCUAUGUCAAGCAUGGUGACGGACAUGAAAAAUGAUAUUAUGCGCAAUGUUAAAGACCUCCUCUAUGCGAGAGAAGAGAUCAGGAGUGACGAUGACGAUCACACAGACCUGGAAGAUGAGUUUCCAGCCGCUCAGGCAGUGCAAAAUAUCGAUGAUUAUGCAAAGGAACGAGACCAAAUUCCUGAGGUAGACCAACACAGGGGGUUUUCAGACUUGGCUGCUGAGUUCAGUACUGCUGACCCUACAGGACCGGCUGUCGACGUUAAACUGGCUGCUAUUGUCUCUGACCUCAUUGGCGGUAAACUACCUAAGGAAAAGUUGGCCGAGCUUGUGACUAAAUACCCAAGGCCUCAGAAUUGUGAGAGUUUGGUGACGCCAAGGAUAAAUCUACCAAUCUGGGGACAGAUGAAGCCGGGAUCCAAGGCGGUGGAUGUUGGUUUGCAAAAAGCACAGACCCUAUCUAUGAGCUCCAUGUAUGCUUUACUACGAGCAUGCCAAGAGUCGUCGGGAGAGAUGAGGACCACACUUGCUCAUUCACUUGUACUUUCGUUGGCGGCUAAUCGUGAGUUGAAUUUAAAACGACGCGAAAUGCUCAAACCAGAUCUGAAUACACGGUUUGCAGCAUUAUGUGGACCAUCGACUCCAAUCACGAAAGAUCUCUUCGGGGACGACAUUUCUAAGCAAAUCGACGACUUAUCUAAGGCCAAUAGAGUAGGCGAAAGAGUAGCAACGAGCAGGAGAGCACGUGUCAGGGGAUACCAGCCAUAUUCAGGAGCUAGGCGUUAUGGAAGUCGACAAGGUUCGCAGUUCAAGUCGAACUAUCGAGGUUUUUUAGGCGGACGAGGCUCCCAACUACGAACCACUCAGGGGCGGUCAGCUGCGCCGCAAGUGAAGAGGAGCCGAGACUAGGAAAAGAGGUUGGUUAUAUGGGUGUCUGCAGAAGGUCAUGAUGGAGCAGGCAACAGGAAUUAUAGUGGUCCCCAAGUGGAACACUCAAGUUUGGUUUACAAGGUUACUGAGUCUUCUAGUCGAACCGCCACGGUGGGUACGAGUAACCAAGGAUGUGUUAAUUCAACAUCAGACCCGUCAUCCACUGUGCCCAAAACUCAGACUAAUGGUAUGCAAAAUAUCAGGCAGACCAUCGCUAAGCAUGGCAUUCAGACAGACAUUACAGACAUCAUCAUGUGCUCCUGGCGACGGGGGACCCAAAAACAAUACAAUUCCUACAUCAAGAAAUGGCAUACGUUUUGUUUACGAAAGGAAACUGAUUUGGUGCGACCCCAUGUAUAUUUUAAAGUUUUUACACAGCCUUUUCAGAGAAGGUAUGUCAUAUUCAACGAUUAAUACAGCCAGAUCGGCGUUGUCUAAUUACUUAGCAGAUUUUUCUAUGGAAUCACGAUGCCAGUUGACAAAGCACCCUUUGGUAUUACGGUACAUGAAAGGAGUUUUCAUUUGUAGACGACCUGUGCCCAGGUAUUCUGAAACAUGGGAUGUCGAUAUAGUUCUAGAAUUCAUCGCAGGCAUGCAACCGCAUGAUGCACUAACGCUUAAGGAACUUUCGAUGAAGUUGGUUACACUAAUGGCUUUAACAUCCGGACAAAGAUGUCAAACAUUAGUCGGUUGCGAUACAAAGUUUAUGGAAAAAACAGAGGAAUAUUUUUUGUUUACCUUGACCGAAAAUAUUAAGCAGGAUAGACCUGGCAAAGUAACAGCCUCGGUUAUGUUUAAGAAAUAUCAUAAAGAAGAAUUAUGUGUUUACGCUACCCUGGAAAGUUACUUGGAGCGUACACGACUAUUGAGAAAUGAAUUUAGUUCAAAGCUGUUACUUUCUUAUGUCAAACCAUUUAAGCCUAUUGGAGCUAGUACUGUAGGCAGGUGGAUAAAAUUACAACUCGGACUUGCUGGUAUAGACACUACCAAGUUUACUGCUCAUA